UGUACAAAAUGGAGAGAAAUGAGGUCACACAGCUUAUUCACAUCGCGAAAGCGGAGUACUACAAAACCGUUAUUACUGAAAAUAAACCCAGUACAAAAAGACUAUUUUCUGUAAAUCAAUCUUUGAUAAAGCCAAGAAGAAAAGUUAGCAUCCAGUCAUCGAAUGUCAAUGAAGAAAAAGCAAACGACUUUGCUGCCUUCUUUCUGAAAAAAGUGGAAGACAUAUGUUCUGCUCUAUCUGCCGGUGAACCAAGCGUAAUGCCUCUACAGUAUGAUCCACAGUUCCCAGGUCAAACACUAAAAGUCCUCAGACAUGUCACAGCCACAGAGAUCGACAGUCUCGUUGAGAAGGCAGCAAGUAAAACCUGCGCCUUGGACGUGUUACCAACAUCUGUGCUGAAGAACUGUAGUAAACUGUUCUCUCGACUCAGGUACAGUUCCUUCAUCCUUCAAAAGAGCACUUGUUACUCCUCUCAUAAAAAAGUGACAUUAGAUGAAACACUGCUGAACAAUUUUAGCCCGGUAUCCAAUCUCCCAUUUCUUGCUUAAGUUUUGGAAAGAAUUGUAUCCGUACGUCUCAGGGAGCAUCUUAAUCAUAACAGCCUUGGAGAAGAAUUCCAGUCUGCCUAUAAGAGGAAACACAGUACCGAGACUGCACUACUGUCUGUCGAAAAUGACAUCAUGCAUUCACUGGACAAUCAGGAAACAGUUCUCUUAGUUCUGCUAGACCUCUCUACAGCUUUCGAUACUGUUGACCAUGACAUAUUGCUUCAGAGAUUGGAACAAACAGUUGGUAUUGGCCGCUCUGCACUUCAGUGGUUCAGAUCGUACCUCACUGACAGAUACCUUCAAGUUCAAAUUGAUGGAUCCAGAUGACAAGAAUGUGAGCUGCGCUGUGGUGUCCCACAAG